AGUAACUAGUUCCUGUAAAAUCUGAGCUCUGAGCUGUAACUAGAGAUGGAACUGUCGAGGCUGUCAUAACCUUUACUUUGGAAUUACUAAUUAGUUUUGUCCAGUUUUUGGCUUUCAGAAUAUGGAUUGCGCAGCGAAAUUCAAUGAAAUAUUGUAAUAGUUUUCAUUUGUUCUACGUUGCUUUAUGUUUCUUUUCGCUGGAAAAUGUAGAGAUUAUCGACUAGUAGCGUUAUUCGUUGGAAUUAUAAACAGAGUACAGGAAGUAGUCGAAGAUUUAUUCUUAUAAGAUAUCUAAAGUGUUUAUUGUUCAUGGUUUUCAUAUGCACAAAUUUGUUGAGUUGCGUGUGUAUCAAAUCAAUUAUGGAAAGAGGUGUAUACUUCUGGAAUUAAAUUUCUUCAAUAAAACGUGAAGUACAGAGCCAAACUGGCAAAAUGGUGCUUACUGAAGUUGGAAAGUUGAUUUCGGAGUUGGAGAAAGCCGAACUGGAAGCACCGAAUGGAAUCGCAACCCCUCAAACAUAUGCCCAAUUAUUGGCACUAUAUUUACAUGGGAAUGAUCUGUGUCAUGCUAAGUAUUUAUGGAAGAGGAUACCGUCAGACGUUAAGGAAGCUAACCCAGAAUUAUGGCAAAUAUGGGUCGUAGGACAGCACAUGUGGCAAAGGCAUUGGCCAGCGGUACAUCUAGCACUUAAAGUUGAGUGGAGCGAGGAUGUAAAACAUAUAAUGAAUGCACUGAAAGAGAAUGUUCGGGAAAGAGCACUGUCUUUAAUAGCAGAAGCAUAUUCUUCGCUCAGUCUCUUUUGCGUAGUAAGAAUGACAGGACUUUCUAUGGAAGAGGCUCGUCAUACCAUCACUGAAAGAGGAUGGACCAUUGAUGGAAACACUGUGCAACCGUGUAAAGCCGAUAAGGAACAAUCUUUCUCUCAAGCAAGCCUUACCGAAGAUCAGUUGAAUAAACUUACACAAUUUGUGUCAUUUUUGGAAAAUUAGUUCCAACGGUGAUAAGACUUUGAAUGCAAUCGGUGAUCAUUAAUAGUUAACGUGGACACCGAGCGAGUACCCCUAUGUAUCUCAGACUGAUUAAUUUAAAGUUAUAUUAUUUCCUAAUUAAAUGAUGGAAGUAGAGAUACUGACGAUAUUCAUACCUUGGCACAGUUAUAGAUGUUUUUACCUAGCGAUUUUCGCCCAGAGCUGGGAUGGAUAUCGUCCCAUCGACCAAUCAA